AUGGCAUGCUAUCCUCCUUGUCGUUUUCCUCCAUCAAUGAUAAACUGUUACGCCGAGACAUGCUUUGGACGUAAGGACAACUUCUACAAUGACAUAUGCCAUCUCACAUCACUUGAAAAACGGUGGUUUGGUUUUUACUCAGCAAAGAGCUCUGAGAGCGUUAAAGAGGACUGUCUUGCAUGGGCGGCGAGAGACCCAUCUGGAGUUUUAUCGCCUUACCAGUUUAGUCGCAGUUAUAUUGAUUGA